AUGGAAGAUCAAAUUACCUCCUUAAUUAUUGACAAUGGUUCUGGUAUGUGUAAAGCAGGAUUUGCUGGUGAUGAUGCUCCUCGAGCUGCCUUCCCUUCUAUUGUUGGUCGCCCAAAACAUCAGGGCAUCAUGGUUGGCAUGGGCCAAAAAGACAGCUAUGUUGGAGAAGAGGCUCAGUGUAAGAGAGGUAUACUGACCCUGAAAUAUCCAAUUGUGCAUGGCAUUGUUACCAAUUGGGAUGACAUGGAGAAAAUCUGGCAUCACACCUUUCAUAAUGAGCUGCGUGUUUCCCCCGAAGAGCACCCCGUCCUUCUUACAGAAGCUCCACUGAACCCCAAAGCCAACAGAGAAAAGAUGACACAGAUCAUGUUUGAAACCUUCAACACCCCAGCCAUGUAUGUUGCUAUUCAGGCUGUGCUCUCUCUCUAUGCCUCUGGCCGUACCACUGGUAUUGUCAUGGACUCUGGUGAUGGUAUCACCCACACAGUUCCAAUCUUUGAAGGUUAUUCCCUACCUCAUGCCAUUGUUCGUUUGUGCUUGGCAGGCUGUGAUUUGACUGAUUACCUCAUGAAGAUUUUAACUGAGAGAGGCUAUAGCUUUACCACCUCAGCUGAAAGAGAAAUUGUUCGUGAUAUUAAAGAGAAGCUCUGCUAUGUUGCACUCGAUUUUCAUCAAGAGAUGACUACUGCUGCCUCUGCACCUACUCAAGAGAAGACCUAUGAGCUGCCCGAUGGCCAGAUUAUCACCAUUGUAAAUGAGAGGUUCAGAUGCCCUGAAGCUCUCUUCCAGCCCUCCUUGCUGGGGAUGGAAUCAUGUGGUAUACAUGAGACUACUUUCAGCUCCAUCAUGAAAUGCGAUAUUGAUAUCCGGAGGGAUCUUUACUCAAAUAUUGUUUUGUCAGGUGGCACUACAAUGUAUCCAGGUAUUUCAGAAAGAAUGCACAAAGAUAUCACAGCCCUGGCACCAAGCUCAAUAAAAGUAAAGAUUAUUGCCCCUCCAGAGCGUAAAUAUUCAGUCUGGAUUGGAGGCUCCAUCCUGGCCUCUCUGACUACCUUCCAGCGGAUGUGGAUCACCAAGCAUGAGUAUAAUGAAUGUGGCCCAUCUAUUGUCCAUCACAAAUGUUUCUAA